AUGGCUGACGGUUAUGAUCCACAAAAGUCUCGCGUAGCGGAGGAUACGCUAGCUGAUUUUCUUCGCGCACCACUUACUGGUGACUUGACAGAAGUUCCUGGCAUUGGAAAGGCAGCCGUGACAAAGCUUAAUGAAUCAAAUGAUGGAGAAGAAGCUAUUGGAAAUACCUUUCAACUCAUUGGUAAAUUCCUUUUGCUUAAGGAAAACUCGGACGAGAAUGACGAUGGAGUGAUCGAUUGUGGCGCUCAUUGUGAUGCCUUUUGGUUCUGGCUCAAAUCCAAGGGCAUUACGGCUUAUAGAAGUGGUAUUGUUAUGGCCAUUGCAGAGAAAGUAAACACAAUGUUACCUGGUAUCUAUGAUGCAGCUGAAUUCCAGUAG